CCGGCCAGCUUCUGCUUAUUAUUGUGUUUGAAACCGACGAGGAAAUGCCUGAUGCACCGAAACCCGCUCCCAAGAAGGGCGCCAAGAAAGCUCUGUCCAAACCGGCGAGCAAGUCUGGCAAGAAGCGCAAGAGGACGAGGAAGGAGACUUACGCCAUCUACAUCUACAAAGUGAUGAAGCAGGUUCACCCCGACACCGGCAUCUCCUCCAAGGCCAUGGGCAUCAUGAAUUCAUUCGUGAACGAUAUUUUCGAGCGCAUCGCGGGUGAGGCUUCCCGCCUGGCCCAUUACAACAAGCGGUCCACCAUCAGCUCCCGGGAGAUCCAGACCGCCGUGCGCUUGCUGCUGCCCGGGGAGCUGGCCAAGCACGCCGUGUCCGAAGGGACAAAGGCGGUGACCAAGUACACCAGCUCCAAGUGAAGCUCCCCAGUGAGAUGAUCGAAAACACAACGGCUCUUUUAAGAGCCUCUCACAGUUUCAAUGAAAGAGUUGUACUAGUAUUUAGAAUCAAGUUUAUUAUCACCGGCAUCUGACGUGAAUUUUGUUAACUUCGC